AUGAGAGGGAAGCGCGCAAAGAGGGCUUCUAGCAAGAGGAGCAACUCUUCUGCUUCAGUUUGUAAUAAUUGGGAGGAAGAUGAACAGGGGUUCGGGAGUGAUGGGAGUGAGUCUUGGAAGGACAAUUUGGGGAUGAAUCGGAUAAAUUUCGACGAGCUUGCAAUGAAUGUGCCUGUGUGCACCUGCACAGGGCCUCCGCAGCCAUGCUACAGGAAAAAGAAAAAAACACCGCCCCAAUUCAUUCUCCUCCGCCCCAGAAAACCCCAUCUUCCCCUCUCCGUUUCGGCAGGUGAAGGCGUCGCCUCCGCACCCUUCCCCUCGCUUUCACCGGAAAUUAUAACAUCGCCGCAUUUCAAUUUUUUCGUCGCGGUUCUCCGGGCCCACUUCUCCCGCCUCACCUUCUGCCACGUGGCCUGGAUCUUGGCGUGCACGGUUCGGGAAGCUGAGCUGCGCGUACUCCCCAUGGAGCUUGUACGUUGCCCGGUCGUAGGCAUACGCGGCGGUUUCCGGCGUGCCGUAGUAUUUUUGCACACUGAUGAGCCCAGCGGCUCGAGAACCGGGCCCGAUGGCAUACGGUUCGAUUCGUGGCAAUUGGAGAAAAUCGAGUCUAAGGCGUUUGAUGAAUAG